AUGAUAAUUUUCAGAUAUAUUUUUUUUGUUACUUUGACUCUAGCUCUAAAUGCUUUUGAAAAUGUUAAUUCACAACCACCACCAAGAUAUGGACAUACGGCAAAUUUUAUAGAAAAAGAAAGAAAAAUAUAUUUUAUUGGCGGGAUAAAUGCAAAUAAUCCUUCCCUCGUACUGGAUGUGCUUGUACUGGAUCUUUCAUCAAAUGUUUCUGUACAAAGCAUUCCCUCCGCUAUAACUGUUAGUGGGUAUACGCCUGUUGCGUGGGGAACUUCUGUUGUUGAUGGCACUAAAAUUUUUUAUUUUGGCGGCGUUAUAUUUAAUAUCUCAUCCAGUAUCUUUCCAGCUGUAAAUCCACCGAGAGCACGACGCAACUUAAAUUCAGUCCUUGAUCAGAACAAAAAAUGGCAUAUUUAUGGCGGGUCUGACAACAUCUUAGAUGAUCCGCGUAAUUUAAUGCUCACGCCGCUAAGUUUAAUACCAACUCACGAUCUAAAUGUACAUUAUUUAGACUUUUCAACAACAAAUGAAUUUACCUUUAUAGAUAAGCCAAAGCCAGAAACUUCAAGCAUAAAAGUCCGGUACGAAUAUACAGCGACAGCAAUAGGCAACAAUAUUAUAUAUAUUGGUGGUAAAACAGCACCCAGUACUUUCGUAGGAAUGGAUGAAAUUUGGAUAUUUAAUUCAGACACCUCGGAAUGGAAAAAAGCAAAGAACGUAUUUAAAUCUGAACUGGUGCCAAAACGUGGUGGUCACACUGCUGUAAAAUUAAACAACACUAGCAUUUUGAUAUAUGGCGGAUACUCCGAUCCAUCAAUAAUGAACAACAAUAAUGCUGUUGCAUUACUGAGAAUUCAGAAUUUUGAAGACUUCACUUCCACUUGGUCAUUGCCAGUUACAGAUACACCGUAUCCGAUACCCUAUUGGCAUACAGCAACAAUUUACGACCGUUAUAUGAUUGUCGCUUAUGGUAAAUUCCCUGACGCGAGUACACCAGUUGAUGCUGCUGCAACUUCUGGUGCAACCGUUGGUGCAACUUCUGGUGCAACUGUUGGUGCAACUGUAGUCACACCAUCAACUACGAUAACUAUUCUUGAUACUCGUGAUCUGAAAUGGGUUCAAGCUAUUAAUCAAUCACUAAUUAAUCAAACAGGUGGACCAAAUGGAAAUACAAGUGACCAAGAUACUUCUGUACCUGAAAAAAAUAAUGUAUCUGGAGGAAAGAAAAAUAAUACUGGGUCAAUAGUUGGAGGCGUGAUAGGAGGACUGUUAGGCGUCGCACUUCUUGCCGCUCUCGGAUUCUUUUAUUAUCGAAAAAAGAAUACUCAAGCUCAAAUUUUCGGAUGGCCAAAAAAAACAAUACAAAGUAAUGGGGAACCUAAGGCUGUUGUAAAAGAAAGAUCAUUGCCAAAUAUACCGAUACAGCCAGUUUUAUUGACUCCGCCACUAACGAAUUUAAAUACUUCCAGCUUACCAUCUGUUGAAUCACGUAAACCUCUUGAUGUAGCUAGUCCGGGCCCUACUCUUUUACAUGUGCCUUUGUUUAGUUCGGUUUAA